GGCCUAACUUGGGAGGGCGGGGAGGUUUGGGAGGUGCGUGCUCUGGAGGACGAUGAGCAUGUGAUUAUCUGGCUUUGCGUGCUUGAAACAAGCUCGGUGAUGUUAUGUAGCUGGCGGCUGGUAGGUGUGUGCAGUUUACAUUCAGAGCCUUAAAGCACCAGCUUCUGUUUUUGGAACUGUGGUGCUCCGGUUGCUCGUUCGUCAGCAGUUUCGGCUGUCUGACCCAAGUGUUUCGGCUGUCGUCCCGGCGUGUUUCACAGCAUGAAGUUUCAGCCUUACGAAGCACGUUUAAUACCCUCGGACCUUCGUCACGAUGAGUGUAUUCUACAAGUGGCGGACAGUCUCGAUCACCUCAGCAGAGUCGCCAACACAAUUCUGGACGGUUUGCAGGAACGGUUGAAUGAAUACAAGGGCCGCCUCCAGAGCAUUCAGAAUCGUGCAGACUUGGCAAGAGCCAAGAUUUCGGUCAUACGUGGCAGCAGCAAAGCCACAAAGGUUUUCUCCAGUUACAAGUAUCCUGCAAGUGAUCCAGAACCUGCCCAAGAGCUGCUGGCCUCUUUGCCAGCCGUGCCACUCCAGCCGACUUACUGUCGAGUGCGAAGUCAAUACUUGGCCCCCGAUGAGCGACUUCUCAAGGAGAAAUUACAGUUCUUCAACGUCCGUCCACCUGCCAAGGCUAACUCUACUGCCACGAAGCCUGUCUGGCAGGAUGAGGAAGGCCUUGGCAGGUUGCCAGAAAGCACAGAGAGCAUUGGGAGCUUGCUUUUGUUCAACACUGGGGAAAACCCGUACACAAGGUAUGUACAGCAAGACCCCUUGGGUGGAGCCAAGCGAACAGCAACUCGGACAGAAGAGGCACCCACAGGGCCAGGGCUCCUUGGGGCAGCUCCAGCUUCCAUGAGUGGCACAGGACAACGUGGGGUACCACAGGAGGGCUUCCUGUACAGCCCAGGCAUGGGCCAGGUACCACAAAUGGAUGCACCAGCUGCCCUUCCUCAUUUGCCAGGCAUAGCUGAUGACCUGUCCUAUUCAGAAGACUUGGGGCCAUCUAUUGCACCAUCGUGGCUUCCAGAACUGCCUGAAGUGCCGGCUGAUAGCUUUGUGGAUGUUCCACCACCCCUUCCUGAAGGGGAUACCACUGACCUACCUCCACUAGGUACCACUUCUGAGCCAGUGGUGGAGUGUCCGCCUCCCCUGGAGCCAGAUGAAGUGCCAGAGGUGCAAUCUGAAGAGGCUGUGCCCAGUCAAGAUGCCGCGAGUGUGCUAGAAUCAAGUACUAGGUCAAGCAAUGCAGAACCACAUGCAGAGUUGUCGCUGCCUGUGACAGAAGAUGGCAGUGCCCGCGCCAGCCUGCUGGAGUCUAUUCGACAGGCCGGCGGCAAGGCAGGCCUCAAGAGUGUGCGUCGUCCACAGCAGCAACGCAAGCAGGUGGCACCACCUGGUGGUGAUCUCAUGUCUGACCUGAAGAGCAAGCUGCAGCUGCGGCGCAGAGGUAUCUCGGGUGAGACAGAUCAUGCAAGCAGGCCCACAACUGAAGUCACAUCGCCUUUGGACAGAGUGCUCGAGAUGAUCCCACCACCCAAGGUGGAGUCCGAGGAAGCCAGCACCACAGACACUGAGUGGAAUGACUCUGACUAAACAGCACCCCUGGGGCCGUAUUCUGAAACGUUCACCUUCCGCGAUAGUCACAUUCAAUAAAUCAAGCGACUGCUUACCCGUGACGUCGGCGUGCACUACCAACGCGCACUGUCGACCGCUUCACAUUGCAUGAGAGAGCGCACCGUGCGAGCGCAGAGCUGCUCGGGUGUGUUGUUUUCGAGUGUAGUGGCUGCAGUACGGGUUCUGCACACUGACUAUGGUUGGUUAUGGCCACUUUAGGUAAAAUAAAUUGAAUAAGGAAGUGUGAAAUGUUUUACUUUAAAUGAAUGAACAAAUAUCACCGCGAAACAACGCGUGUAAGAUGCCACCAAAAAGGCUACUGUAAACUACCACCUAUCUUAUCUCUACUACACUCCACCACCAACCGAAUGCCAAAAGUCAUGUUCGUUUAUUCAAUAUAUGUCAAGAGCACCCAUUGACACUGACGUUAAAAUGAUGUAGGCCGGAACUACUAGUUUGGUUUUGCUAAAACCGCCAAUUAGCACGCGCCGUUGGCGGAGGCGUGGCCAAGGCGAUAAUUUCGCGUAAGGCGAACAUUUCAGAAUACGGGCCCUACUUUCACCACACCUACAGAUAUUGUAUGACUUCUCUGGAAGCAUUCCAAAGGAGCACGCCAACCUUUUCCUUUAUUUUAUUCUCCUCCUUUUUUGUGUUGGGUUUAGCAAAUGAAUUUGCAUCAAUCGGUGCUGUUAUACUCUGGUUGUUUACAGGAGUCUGCAGUAGUCACCUGAAAAUAUCCUAGAGUGCCGCUGCUAUUAAAAGAAGAUUUAAGAGGGUGCACAUUCGACUCUGGUAAAGCUGCUGGAAGAUGUAAUUCCGUAGAAAGAUUACUAUGCUGAAGGUUAACGCAUAAAGCUUGGACUUGUUGGUUGCUUAAGUUGUGUGACCUAAUUAUAGUGGUAAAGAUAAAAAACAUCUGUUUCAUAUUGUAGUCAGUUUUUACCACUGUAAACAUGUCUUACAACUAAGCUGGAGGAGCUGAUUGCUGUGUUGGGCUUGUGCAAUUAACAAGUGAAAUUGCAGAUUCAGGAGCUCGCAAAUGGGAUUUUUUGCAGGAGCCAUGUGGAACUUAUCAAAACUGCUUUUGCUGAUUAGUGUUAAACUUAAGUUGCUGUUUGUGCUUUAAGUAAGCUGUUGGCAAAUGCCAUUCUGAGGAAGGACAACUAAGCUGUAGAAGCCAGUUCUCUCGCUGCUGCUAUAGUACUGAAAAAUGUUAGGUUCAGUUUGAGUACACAGAACCAUCUGGUGCAAUUUUUUUCUUUUCUUCUAGAGAUGCGACUUUCACUGCAGUAAUUGCUUAAUAGUAUGAAUUGGAUUGACCCUAUUUUGCUGCCAUGAGAAACUAAACAUUGAGUGCGCAAGGAAAAAGCAAGCAAGUCUCGUAUACUUUUGUAUAAGUUUGGUGGAAAUUAGAAGUGCCUAGUGUAUCACAACCAAAGCUGUCCUUGGUUUACAGCAUGGUUUGGUCACUUUUCCAGUUGGGGAAUUUUCUUUAGGUCUGCUGUUUCAUGUGCGUUUCAUACUGUCAUUUGACUGAAUUAAACUGCAGUCCUUGUA